CGCUGAGUUUCCUAGCUGGCGGGCGGCAUGGCUGAGCAGUCUAGUGGUUUCGUGACUCCCUCGGGGUGGUUUCCAGCCCCCGAGCUGACUCCCACGUUGGGUCCGCUGGGCGACACUGCCCCACUGCCGAACAACUGGAUGGCCUGGGCAAUGCCGCCGCCGCCACCCCCACCGCCUGCGUCGUCGCCCUCCGCAGCCGGACCAGAGCCUUCCUCCAAGGCGCAGCCCCCUAGGGAGGCCCAGGUUCUCCCCGAGGCGCCUCCCCCCUUCGACACCCAGAUUCUUCCCGGGGCGCAGCCCCCCUUUGACGCCAAGUUCCCCCUUGAUUCUCAGCCUCAGCUCAACGGCCAGCCUUCCUGGAAUUUCCAGGCUUCGACAUCGUGGUACUGGGGACAGCCUUCUGGUAUUUUUCCUCGGCAUCAGGAGUCCCCCAACGCUCCGGUUAAACAUUCUUAUUUUCCACAAAAAUAUGACGCAAAGUUCGCUGACUUCAACUUCCCUCCCACGAGAAAACCAAAAAGAAAGAAAAGAAAGGAACCAGUUUUUCACUAUUUUUGUGAUACCUGUGAUUGUGGUUUUAAAAAUCAAGAGAAGUAUGAUAAACACAUGUCUGAACAUACAAAAUGCCCUGAAGUAGAUUGCUCUUUUAGUGCUCAUGAGAAGAUUGUCCAAUUCCAUUGGAGAAAUAUGCAUGCUCCUGGUAUGAAGAAGAUCAAGUUAGACACUCCGGAGGAGAUUGCAAGAUGGAGGGAAGAAAGGAGAAAAAACUACCCAACUCUGGCCAAUAUUGAAAGGAAGAAAAAGUUAAAACUUGAAAAAGAAAAGAGAGGAGAAGUAUUGACAACGACACAGUAUGGUAAGAUGAAAGGGAUGUGCAGACAUUCACAGAUGGCAAAGAUCAAAAGUCCUGGCAGACAUCACAAAUGGAAAAAUGGCCGCGCUGGCCGGAGAGCAGAUCCCGCAUCAGGCAAUGGCUUGUGUGAUUCGAAGCCUGAAGGUCCACCUGAGGCAAAUGCAGACCCUCUGGGUGUUUUGGUAAACACGGAUUCUGAGUCUGAUAAAGAGGAGAAACCACAAAGUACUAUCAUACCCAAGGAAGUGACACCAGCCCUGUGCUCACUAAUGAGCAGCUAUGGCAAUCUCUCAGGGUCAGACAGUGAGCCAGAAGAAACUCCCAUCAAGACUGAAGCAGACAUUCUGGCAGACGACCAGGUUCUUCACAGCAAAACUCCUGAGAGACCAAGUCAAGAUGUUAAAGCGACUGUUAGAAACUUCUCAGAAGCCAAGUAUGAAAGCCAAAAGAAAAGUUUUAAAAAGACAAACCCUAAGAGGAAAAAAGAUUAUCACAACUAUCACACAUUAUUUGAACCAAGAACACACCAUCCUUAUCUCCUGGAAAUGCUUUUAGCUCCGGACAUUCGACAUGAAAGGAAUGUGAUUUUGCAAUGUGUUCGAUACAUCAUCAAAAAAGACUUUUUUGGACUUAAUACUAAUUCUGCGAAAACUAAGGAUGUAUAGGGGUCUGAUGUUUCAGCACUCAUAACUAAGCAUGUGAAUUAGUGCCGUCCUCAAGUUAUUGGAGGAAAGGCUUUUUUUAAAACCUGGAUUAGUAAUUAAAUUGUAAGCCUCAUGGGAUAUUAUGUUGGAUUUUCAAAUAUUUCCUUUGAAUCUAUGCAAAUAAAUACAUAACUGAUUUUUAA